AUGGACUCUCCCCACUUUCAGGCGGAGACCCCGAGAGGCAUUAUUGCCUCAGUCAGGGAGGGAAUGUGGGCUACUUCAAUAGACUUGAAGGAUGCCUACUUCCACAUUCCCAUCAGGAAGUCGGACAGGAAGUAUCUUCGCUUCUCAUGCGAGGGCAAGAUAUUCCAGUUCCGGGCUAUGCCUUUUUGGCCUUACCACAGUCCCAAUGGUUUUUACCAAACUAUUGCAGGCUACCAGUUCAACGUAGCCAGGGGUAUAGUCCUUCCAACUCAGGAGAAAUUCAUCAAGGCAAGGAGUCUGGUGCUUCAGUUUAUCCAGAGUUCUGCGGUACAGGUUCGUUGGUACCUCAGUUUGCUGGGGUUUCUCAACUCACUAGCAGAUGUAGUUCCUCUUGGCAGGCUGCACAUCAGACCUCUGCAGAUGUUUCUUCUCAGCCAUUGGGUUCCAGCGUCGCGGGAUUGGGAGGCUUUUAUUCCUCUCAGUCAGUCGGUCAAGGAAUUUGCCCAAUGGUGGACAAUUCGGAACAAUGUCCUGAAGGGGGUGUCCUUGCACAGGAGCUCACCCACCAUGACCCUGUAUACCGAUGCGUCCAAGACAGGUUGGGGGGCGUACCUGAACGGGCAGGCUCGCUCAGGUUCAUGGACAGGGGAUCAUCUUUCCGAACACAUCAAUGUGCUCGAGAUGAGGGCAGUGUUGUUGGCCAUCCAGGACCUCAGGUCUUAUCUGCAAGACCAGGUGAUUUGCGUGGCAACAGACAACUCAACUGUUGUAGCUUAUUUGCAGAAGCAAGGGGGCACCAGGUCUCACGUCCUGUGUGCCCUGGCCAUUCGCAUUUUGCUACUUUGCCAGGAGUGGUGCCUAACCAUUCAGGUCAAGCACCUUCCGGGCAGACUCAAUGUCCUUGCAGACACCCUGUCAAGACGUCUUCAGCCGGUUCUGACGGAGUGGCAGCUCGAUCCAUCCAUAUUCCGAGCAAUAUGUCUGGUUUGGGACAGGCCUCAUGUAGACCUAUUUGCCACAGCCUUGAACCAUCAGUUGCCGACGUUUGUGUCUCCCGUUCCAGAUCCAGCAGCAUGGGGAGUAGAUGCUCUGUCACUGGACUGGAAGGGGUUGCAUGCUUACGCCUUUCCCCCCUUCAACUUGGUGGCCAAGGUCCUCCAGAAGUACGAGGAGCAGCCUUGCUCCCUAAUUCUGGUGGCUCCCUUGUGGCCGAGGCAACCAUGGUUCCCUCAGCUUCUAUCGUUUCUGGUGGAAGAGCCUCUGGUCCUUCCACCCAGGUGGAACCUGUUACGACAGCCGAGGUCCAGAAUCAUGCACUCCCGCCCGGCUAUACUCCACCUUCACGCGUGGAGGCUAUCUCCGGUGGUCUCGCGCAGAAGGGGUUUUCUGGACCGGUGUCCGACUGUAUCGCUAGGUCCAUUAGGUCUUCUUCCGCGGCAGUCUACCAGUCUAGGUGGAGCAUCUUCUGCGAUUGGUGUGGUCAGAGGCAGGUUGAUCCACUCAAGGCCUCUGUUCCCCUAA